CUCCGGGCUUUCCCAGAGCUCUCCUGACAUGGCCUAGGAAGUCCCACCAGGUUGGUUAAGCACUCACCACUCUCAAGUCCUCAUCAAGCUGGGUACACUGGGGGUAAAUACCAGUAUGCAGGCACAGUGGCCUGUGGCCAUGUUUGAGGGGUUCCUGUGCUCAGCUAUCAGGCUCUCUCUUGAGACUCCUGCAGCACUCCCCAGAGCCUGUCACUGUCCCUGGUCCUGAAGAACCCCAGGUCGGCAGGACAUGCCUGUCUAUGCCCUAAAGGGCGCCGCUUGUGCCGCCGCCAUGUCUCUAGUGAUCCCCGAGAAGUUCCAGCACAUUCUGCGAGUACUCAACACCAACAUUGAUGGGCGGCAGAAAAUAGCCUUUGCCAUCACUGCCAUCAAGAGUGCGGGGCGCAGAUAUGCUCAUGUGGUGUUGAGGAAAGCCGACAUUGACCUCACCAAGAACUCACGGAGGCUGAGGCAGAGGCGUGUGCUGAACGUCAUGCAGAAUCCACGACAGUGCAAGAUCCCAGACUGGUUCCUGAACAGACAGAAGGACGGACAGUACAGCCAGGUCCUGGGCAACGGUCUGGACAACAAGCUGUGUGAGGAUCUGGAGCUGCUGAAGAAGAUCAGAGCCCACGGGGGUCUGCGCCACUUUGGGGGUCUUCAUGUUCGAAGUCAGCACACCAAGACCACUCGCCGCUGGGGUCGCACUGUGGGUGUGUCCAAGAAGAAAUAA